AUGAAAGGCCCCUCUGAAGAACAUUUAUACCAGGAAACGAGUGCCUCGCUGCGCAAAAAGCAGCAGGUAGAGGAUCGGACGGAAGCCAAUGCUUAUUCGGCAAAAGAAUGGGGCCGGGCGCUGAUCCCGCUCUUUGGGAUUAGAAUCCUGGUGGCUGCUGCGGCUGACAUGGAAUGCCGAGGAGACCGAGCAGAGACUUUUGAAGGUUGCCGUAGGAGUAUUCAGAAACUGGGCCACCUUGGGCCCUUCAAUUGCACGGCUGCGACACCGAAGGACAACAGCCAAGCAAUCAUGAAGUUCUGCAUGGAAAAGCUCAUCCAUGGAGAUAAAAGAACAUUGUCGUGGGAUCCUCCCGGAGCAACGGGGCAAGAAUCCAUCACAGCCACCAGGGCUACAAGGUUUGGCAUGGCUUGA